UACCUACCUUAGCUUCCUUAGCUUCCUUAAACCUUACCUUAGAGUGGAAUAUUAGCAGCCCACACACGACAUCUCAACCACCAACCACACGCAACCGUCCCCCCUCUUCGCAACCGCAGCGAUGGCCGAUCUGAUUCGGCACCAUCGCCAUCACGACCCCGACGUGGGCGAGGUCCCCGUCCCUCACGGCCCCGUCACGGGCGAUGAGCAUGGACACUACCCGCCGCCCCCCGCACCCGGCGCCCCGGAACAAGAGCACGCCAUCGUCGCGCAGCUGACCCGUCCCGACGACAUCUACACAGAGGAUGGCGUCUACUGGGCAGACCUCCCGCUGAAGAAGCGCAUCGCCUUCGUCAACAAGGUCCAGAACGCCGAAGCCGCCAAGGAGCUGGGCGCCAUCGGGUCCAUGCUCAAGGCCGACCCUCUCAGCCCCAUCUCUUGGUACUUCCGCAACGCCGUCCUGCCCGGCGCCGGUCUCGGUCUUGAGGGCUACGUGCUCUUCAGCAUCGGCAACCUCGCCCCGCUGUUCAGCUCCACCUGGCCCACCUGCUGGGGCAAGAAGCCCACCGAGUGCGAUCCCAACUGGAUUGCCUCCGUCACCUAUCUCGAGGUCAUCGGCAUCAUGGUCGGCCAGAUGGUCGUCGGCGUCAUUGGCGACUGGAUUGGCCGCCGCUGGGGUCUGAUCCAGGACGCCGCCAUCAUGUUUGUCGGCCUGCUCAUGAUCACCGCCAGCUGGGGCCUCAACCUGAACGGCUGGGUCAUCUGCUACGCCUGGUCUUUGUUCUUCUAUGGCUUUGGCGUCGGCGGUGAGUACCCCAUCACCGCGACGUCGUCCAUGGAGAACGCCGUCUCCGCCGGAAAGGUCUCGACUCGCGAGGACCGCCUGCACCGCGGCCGCAAGGUCACCAUGGCUUUCCUGAUGCAGGGUUGGGGCCAGCUCAUCAACCAGGUCAUCCUCAUCCUGCUGCUCCUGAUCCUGCACCACGGCGACGGAAACCCCCCUUACGGCACCACGACAACACAGUGGAUCUGGCGCCUGUCCUUCGCCAUCCCGGCCGUCGGAACCCUCUGGCUCGUCUACUACAGAGCUUACAAGAUGCCGCACGCCAGCCGCCAGCUCACCGCCGCCAAGAAGAAGAGCAAUGUCACGGGCUACGAUGUCGACUCGCUGCGUCUGACCACCACCUUCUUCGGUGGUCGCCUGCUCGCCACCGCCGGCACCUGGUUCUGCAACGAUGUGUUCUUCUACGGCAACAAGCUCUUCCAGUCCCAAUUCAUCUCGGUCAUCAGCGACAACCCGUCGUCUGUCUUGACCGGAUGGAUUUGGAACCUGUACAACGUCAUCAUCUCGCUCGCCGGCUACUACUGCGCCUCGCUGCUCAUUGACAACAAGUUCUAUGGCCGCAAGAUGAUGCAGCAGGUCGGCUUCCUCAUGUGUUUCAUUAUGUUUGUCAUUCCGGCCUUCAACUACGACUACUACACCUCCCCCGCGGGCAUCAAGUCGUUCCAGGCCAUGUACUUUUUGUCUAGUUUCUUCAACCAGUUCGGCCCCAACAGCGUCACCUUCCUGGUGGCCGGCGAGGUGUUCCCGACGCCGAUCCGCGCCUCGGCCCACGGGUUCAGCGCCUGCAUCGGCAAGUCCGGUGCGCUGCUUGCGUCGGUGUUGUACAACUACAUCGACACCCAGACCAAGUUCUACGUGGUGCCCUGGUUCGGCCUCGCCGGCAUGCUCCUCACGUUCCUGUUCCUGCCCGACACGACGGGCCUCGACCUCAAGGAGCAGGAACGCCGCUGGGCGUACAUCCGGGCCGGCCGCGGCGAUGACUAUCACGGCAUCGCCAUCCACCCCAAGCACCUCUCCGUCUGGGAGCGUCUGCGCGGCGUCCACAAGCGGUACGACGCCGCCCUCGACGCCCGCCAGAAGAUCGACGACUUGCGGGAGGAGUGGGUCGGCAAGGAGCGCGCCCGCCGACACAAGGAGGCCGGCGGCGAGCCCACCGGCGUCGACGACCUCGACGACGACGACGAGUGGUCCGACGAGGUCAACGACUACUUCCGCCGGACCACUCACGAGGGCCUGUUGGUGCCGGAAGGCCACGCCGCCGCCGACGCCGCGGGGGGACAGGCGCUGCCGCGGGUGCAGGAAAAGACGAGCUCGGUCGGGUCGAGCAGUUAGUCUUUUCCUUGCCGUUAGUUCUCUUUUUGUACAGUUUUGCAUCUUAGAAUCUUGCCGAUGAGCAUCCUGGGCGUUGGGGGAGUCUCUUGGAUAAUUUACUUAUAUUGCAUCAUGACCAUCGGUAGAAGUGUUGAUAGACUGAAGACUU